AUAGUGGUGCGAAUAAUUGUUCGUUUCUCCAAGUCUUGUAUUUACUUUCACUGGUAGCCAAUUGACGGACUGUCCUGACUUUUAUCGCCGCCCUGUCGAUUCGCUGAUUUAUAAGCUGAGAUCACUACACACAGCACCUGCCUCCGCCUAGACGAUGGGCGGGCCGACGAGCGGUGACGGCCGCUCGGGCCGCUCCGAGUCCAACAGCAGCGUCAGUACCCGCGGCUUCCUCAUCGGGCUGGCUGUGCCCGCCACAGUGGCGGCGCUGCAGCAGAUGUUCUUCGACGAAGUGUUCAUGGGCCACGCGUUGUUCGUGGCCGUGGUGUUUUGCGGCGCGGCCGUGGCCGUCAUGCACAGCUCGUACCAGGGCAGGAAGAUACAGACGGCCAUCCGUGCCGCGCUGCUCGGCGACGGGUUCGCCAUGGGCGUCAUCCUGGCUACCUCGGCACCCACCUCCUGGCAGCCGUUCGGAUGGUACAUGAUGGUGCUGUGCGGGUUCCACUUCUCGGAGUACCUCUGCACGGCGCUGACGAACCCACGCGCCGUCAGUGAUGACUCGUUCCUGCUGAACCACAGCGUGGCGUACGCGGCGGCAGCCGUCUCCAGCUGGCUCGAGUUCUGGCUGGAGCGCGCCCUGUUCCCAGACAUGAAGGAGUGCUCCUUCACCAUCGGCCUGGGCCUACUGCUGUGCAUCUCGGGCGAGGUCAUCAGGAAGCUGGCCAUGUUCACCGCCCGCACCAACUUCAACCACAUCGUGCAGAACGAGCGGCGUCCUGACCACGUGCUAGUGACGCACGGCGUGUACAGCUGGUUCCGUCACCCGAGCUACGUCGGCUGGUUCUGGUGGAGUGUGGGCACGCAGCUGCUGCUCACCAACCCCGUCUGUUUGGUGGGAUACACGGCCGCGUCCUGGACGUUUUUCCGGGACCGCGUGCAUUACGAGGAGGCCACCCUCAUCAACUUCUUCGGGCACGCCUACCUGGCCUACCAGCAGCGCGUGGGUACUGGUCUGCCCGGCAUAGCCGGCUUCAAACUCAGCCGGGAGCGGUAGUGGCGCGGCGUGGCGCGAGGCGACCCACGUCGUCUGGACCGGUGGCGUGGUCGCCGUCUCGCCACCAUAGGACCGGCUGGUGGCGAGGUCGCCGUCUCG